UCAAUUGUAUUUUCCGAUAAUAAUGAUUUUUUUUUGAGUUUGCAAAAAAUUUAAGCAAACACCGGCCGGUAAACACAAACCUAACCUAGAAAUCCCGAUAAUUCCAUAAAACAUGUAGUAAUAUAUCAGCUCUACUUACCACUUCUUCUAAAUGUUCACAAUGAAAAAGAGAAAAUUAUCGAUGUCACUGGAUCCCUGAAACACUUUUGCUAAGCCACAAAAUUAAUUUAAACAAAUAAUGACACAAGUCUUCACUGGAACACUUUUUAAACACGAUAUUUUUUUAUGAAGAGCUGUAAAAUAAAAUGAUUAAAUGAUGAAUUAAUGUGAAGAAUGAAUGAGCUAAAGGAAUGAAUGGAUGAAUAGAUUAAUGAGUGUAGAUUUAAUGAUGAAAAAGGUUUUUUUUUAAGUCGAUUUUUUCGCUGUGUGUUGCACGAAAUUUUCGUCUUCAAAACCCAAGAAAAUAGCACCGGCGGAUUGAGGGUGUGCUCCCGCAGCAUUGCGCAUGCGCGCGUCGGUGGUGGGGGAAGUAGGGGUUAGAUGGAAAGAUCACUCUCAUAUUGUCGCCAGUAUACACCUCCUUCACUCGUCAAUAUCUCCCAACCCAACAAUCCGAUUCCAAUACAUCUGAAUUCAUUUUGAAGAUUGAAAAAUCUUCUUGAAAACAAAAAUAAAAAGUUUUUAUUCCACUCUGCGGAUCCCGACUUAUUAACGUUCAAAAACCGUUCACUGAAUGGUAUUCAACAUGUCGUCGCCUUGGCCUCCUCCCCACAAACAGUUUUCCCGGGAUCAGCUGAUCCAUGUACACAAACAAUCAUCACAGCGUCAUAACCCUCAAAAUCAUCAACAAAUGGAGCCAAACGAGGGACUGAUAGCAGUGCACGUGGGUGCAGGCCAGCACUCGGAGUCCCUGAAGAAAAAAUACCAAAAAUUGUGUAGACUAGCCUGUGAGGCGGGCUGCCAGGUCCUCCGCGCCGGGAAGACCCCGAUGGACGCGGUGGUGGCAUCAACAAUGGUCCUGGAGGACUCCCCCUUAACAAACGCAGGAUUCGGCUCGAAUUUAACAUUAGACGGCCAAGUGGAGUGCGACGCGAGUGUAAUGGACGGUUCGAGACUGCUGUUCGGGUCGGUGGGUGCAGUGAGUGGUGUGAAGAACCCAGUGCUCCUGGCCCAGCGUCUCUGCGAGCACCAGACCGUGAGGAUCAGCCACGGGCGGGUGCCUCCGAGUGUCCUGGUGGGUCCUGGGGCGCACGCGUGGGCGACAGAGAUGGGGGUGGAGACCAUUCCAGGGGAGGACUUGGUCUCCUCGAAAGCGAAGAAGAUUUAUCAUCAUUACAAGAGGAAGUUGGACGAUCCUGGGGGGGAUGUCAAGGUCUCGAGGCCUCGGCUGGACACAGUGGGGGCUGUUUGUGUGGACAGACUGGGGAACGUCGCCUCUGCGUGCUCCAGUGGGGGAAUCAUCUUAAAGUGCCCUGGGAGGGUGGGACAGGCUGGGGUCUGGGGCUGUGGGGUCUGGGCCAAGGCGGGAAUCGUCUCAGUUGGGGCCUCAACCUCUGGGUGCGGAGAGCACCUCAUCAAGACGACGCUGGCGAGGACUAUUGCGGAGGCUGUUGGCAAGAAAUUCGAGGGGGAUGGAGGGGACUGUGUGAGGAUGCUUCAUGAGGCUGUGGACAGGGAGUUCAUUGGGUCUGAAUUCCUGCAGGGGGUGGAGCAGAAGAUGGGUGGGGGGAUCGUUGUGAGGUAUGAUGGGGAGGAGGGCCUGGGGGACCUCUUCUGGACACACUCGACCAAUUCGAUGAUCCUGGGGUACAUGAACUCCAAGGAGGGAGGGGCUGUGGGACUGGCGUCGAUGCUGGAGACUGAGGAGGUGGGCAGGAAGGCUGUGGUGCAGGGGGUUCCCUUCAAGUUCUGAGGGCGAGGGCUGUAGGGAGUGUGGAGAUGUACUCUUAUGUUUGAAUAAAGAUUUUAUUGGUGAGGAAGAAGA